AUGGGCGCAUCUCAGUCUACUAAUCGAGCUGCCAAGUUCAGUGGAUCUCGGAGGCGCGUUCGAAGUUGCAACAGCGCCCCACCUACAGGUCCGGCUGUAAGGCGAUCGCAGUCACAACGUAACACAAAUCGAAAUGUGAAAGAAUUCUCGAAGUUCUGGUCCGAUGGUGAGAAAACUUCCAAAAUGUUAUAUAAUUCGUUGAAAACAUUAUUUCCGGUAGCACAUAGGGCUGAUCGUUACAGGAGCAGGGACAGCGACUUCGAGCUUCUCGCGAGCGAGUACAAGUUUAACAACAUUCGUUUUUAUAAUUUAUUAAAAAGGAAUGAAUUUUCAGUUGUCGAGCCACCACUACAGAAGAUCAUCACACCACUGCCAACGCCGUACGUUACCCCACGAUCAUCGAGGAAUUCCCAGCAACUGCACGAAUCCCACGACCCUUCUUCUCGCUCUUUGUCGCAGCACAGCGCCUACAGUGCAUCGUCAACACGAUACGAUCACUUCGACACUAACGAGUUGGAUUCCCCUCGUGUCCAGAAAAGCCACCCAGAUCGAUUGCAUGCGUUACGGUUCCCACACGAAACAGCCAUUUAUUGA